AUGGGUCAGAAAGACAGUCUACGGCCCGGCCGUGGUGGUCGUGGCCAGAGCCGUAGUCGCUCACCAGGGCCCAAGAAACCUCAAUCUCCAACCAAUCCCUCCGAUGGUCUUAAGAACAAGAAAUCUACAACCUAUGCCUCCGAUGGUGUUAAGGACUAUGACAUCUUCAACCUCCCCGCCUCCGACUAUAUCCUUCUGUUGUUGGUGACGCUGAUUGGCGCCGUCGUGCGUCUAUUCCGCAUCUACCAACCUACAAGUGUUGUCUUCGAUGAAGUCCACUUCGGUGGAUUUGCCAGCAAGUAUAUCAAGGGAAAGUUCUUUAUGGAUGUCCACCCGCCUCUCGCCAAGAUGCUCCUUACCCUGGCCGGCUGGUUGGCUGGUUUCGAUGGAGAAUUCGAUUUCAAGGACAUUGGCAAGGACUAUCUUGAGCCUGGCGUUCCCUAUGUCGCUAUGCGUAUGCUGCCCGCUAUCAUGGGUGUUCUAACGGUCUCCUUGAUGUUCUUGACACUCAAGGCCAGCGGCUGUCGGUCUUCCACUGCGGUCAUGGGUGCCAGCGCUGUUAUCUUUGAUAAUGCACUGACCACUCAAUCCCGCCUGAUUCUUCUGGAUUCCCCACUGGUUUUCUUCACGGCCCUAACUGCUCUGGCAUUUACAUGUUUCUCGAAUCAACAAGAAUUGGGUCCUAAGUAUGCCUUCCGAGGUGCCUGGUGGUUUUGGCUAGCUGCAACCGGUCUCUCCCUGGGUGCCACUCUCAGUGUCAAAUGGGUUGGUUUGUUCACCAUGGCUUGGGUUGGGUCGCUCACAGCCCUCCAGCUGUGGGUAGUUCUCGGAGACUCGAAGAAUGUUACACCCCGAUUGUGGUUCAAGCACCUAUUCUCCCGCGCCUUCUGCCUGAUCGUGCUUCCUCUUGGAUUUUAUGUUGCGAUGUUUGCGAUUCACUUCACUUGCCUGGUGAACCCUGGUGAAGGUGAUGGCUUCAUGUCCUCGGAGUUCCAGGCUACCCUCAACUCCAAGUCCAUGACAGAUGUCCCCGCUGAUGUCUCCUUCGGAUCCCGUGUCAGCCUUCGUCACCUGAAUACCCAGGGUGGUUAUCUACACUCACACAAUCACAUGUACCCGACUGGCAGCAAGCAACAACAGAUCACCCUCUACCCCCACAAGGAUGAGAACAAUGUUUUCCUUCUGGAGAACUCGACUCAACCCCUAGGCCCCGAUGGAGAGAUUCCAGGAGCAUUUGCCUGGGACAAUUUGACUGCUACCGAUAACUUUAUCGAGGAUGGAGCCGUUAUCAAACUUUACCACUUGCUCACCCACCGACGCAUUCAUUCACAUGACGAGCGUCCUCCGGUGACAGAGGCUGACUGGCAAUUCGAGGUCUCGGCCUAUGGAUAUGAAGGUUUCCCUGGAGAUGCCAAUGAUAUGUUUAAGGUUGAGAUUGUCCCGUCAAUGUCCGAGGGAGAACUAUCCAAGAAGCGCGUUCGAACUAUCCAGACAAAGUUUAGACUAGUCCACAUCAUGACUGGCUGCGUGCUGUUCUCUCACAAGGUCAAGCUUCCCGACUGGGGAUAUGAACAACAAGAAGUCACCUGUGCGAAGGCCGGUACUCUGCCUAACAGUAUUUGGUACAUCGAGGAUAACUCGCACCCUAUGAUGCUGGAGGAUGCCGAACGAGUGAACUACCGCAACCCAGGCUUCUUGGGUAAGUUCUGGGAGCUACAGAAGGUCAUGUGGACCACCAACGCUGGUUUGGUCGAGUCCCACGCUUGGGAUUCUCGCCCCCCAUCAUGGCCCACUCUCCUCCGUGGUAUCAACUUCUGGGGCAAGGAAGCCCGCCAGAUCUAUCUUUUGGGCAACCCCCUCAUCUGGUGGUCAUCCACUGCCGCCAUUGGCAUCUACUUUGUUUUCAAGGCCAUUGCGAUUCUUCGUUGGCAGCGUAGCUGCAAUGACUAUAGCAAUAACUCGUGGAAACGCUUCGAUUACGAAGUCGGCGUUAGCGUUCUGGGUUGGUUCUUCCACUAUUUCCCGUUCUUCCUGAUGGCCCGUCAACUUUUCCUGCACCACUACUUGCCGGCCCUCUACUUUGCUAUUAUGGUUCUAUGCCAACAGUUCGACUUUGUUUUCAACCGCGUGAAGAUCUUCGGUCUUGCCUCACGCCCUGCUAUUGGAAAGCUCAUCAUGACUGGAUUCGUGAUCCUUAGCAUCGCCGUUUUCACCAUGUACUCUCCCUUGAUCUACGGUAACCCUUGGACCAAGAGUGCCUGUUACAAGGCUAAGCUCUUGGAUACUUGGGACUUUGAUUGUGACAGAUUUCACACCGACCUGAGCCAAUACCACUCUGAGGUCCUUUCCGCGAACCAAGUGAUUCCAACAACAUCCCUGCCAGUGCCUACCCCUCAGGUGCAACAGGAGCAGCCCGAGGUGCUUGAGCAGAAGCAACCCGAGCAGCCUCCAGUCCAACAACCCGUGGAUAUUGCCCAAGACAAGCAAACAGAGGAGGCCGCAGUCACGGCUCCCACAAUUCCCGGCUCCACAGCUCGCGUCGAGUACCGUGAUCAGCACGGCAAUGUCUUGCCCGAAGAUCUUGUCGCCUCCCUUCGCGCUGACGGCAAUGUCAAGUUUGAGACUCGCUGGGAAUCCAAGUCCCGCCUUGAGCACGCACAUGACGUUCCCAUUGUGGACGGUCGGCUUGCACCCCCUCACCCAGAUGUGGAGGGUCAGAACCCCGAGACUGGCGGACGUCCCGAGGACUCGAUCGCUCCGGAGAGACCUGCGUCCGUUGUGCAGGGCAAUGAGCGAUCAGCCGAGACAUCUAGCUCCCCUGAGGCAAAGCCUGCUAGCGAAGGCAAUGAGGCUACUGCGCUGUAA